AUGUUAAGAUCAACUGAUUUUUGGAAAGAUGAAGGUGAAACCAGUUUAAUGUUACAAGAAAAAGGUUUCAUUAAAUCAGAAGGUAUUGAAAAUAUUUUUGAAAGAACAUCAAAAUGGUUUGAAUUAGUUGGUUUAAAGAAAGAAGAAAUUAAAAUCGUUGAGUUUUCAACUGACGAACCAGAACGUAUCUUUGUAUUAGAUGCUGAAAGAACUUUCUCAAAUGAUAUUAACAAAAAGAAAUUAGUUAAAAUUUUAACCCACUUAAAAAAAGAAUUUGGAGAUUAUCAACAAGGUUUAUCAUUUGUUGCAAGUUUCUUAAUGUUAACAAUGGAUGAAAGUGAAAAUGUUGCAUUAAUGACUAAAAUUAAUUCAAUGUUACCAGGUUAUUGGAAACAUGAAGCAAUUGACUUUGGUACAAGUGCUUUCACUUUAUAUCAUAUCUUACAACAAACUCAUCCAUCUAUUACAAAACAUUUAGAAAAUAAUUGUAUUGAUGCAGGUACAUUUUGUCAAAAAUGGUUUUUAGGUUUAUGUGUUCAUUUAUUACCAUUUAGAUAUUUAUUCCAAUUUUUUGAAAAGUUUUUAGUUGGUGGUGUUGAAUAUUUAUACAAGUUUUCAUUGGCAUUGUUUACAGUAUUAGAAAAGAGAAUUUUAGAUGCAAAGAAUCCACAAGUGAUCUUUGCAAUUUUACGUUUGGAUGAAAGUGAAAUCAAAGAUGAAGAGAUUUUCCAACAAAUUCUCGAUAAAUCUGAUACUAUCGAUAUUUCUACCUUUGAUUUAAAGGAGAUCAGUAAGGAUGUCUAUGAACGUAACUUAAAGAAACGUAUUGAAAGUGCUCAUAAGGUUCAUGCCAAUGUCGAAGAGAUUGAAGAUUGUCAAUGGUGUCUUGAUAAUUUCCCAGAGUUUUAUUGUUUAGAGUGUAAACAACUCGUUUGUCAAGAUUGUUUAGAUGAUACUCCAACCGGUCCAAAUGAAACUCAUCAAGAAGAUUCUCAUACUCUUAUCUCUAUGGAAGAGUAUGAAAAUGAUAGAGAUAAAUAUAAACAACCAAAAUCAACCACUACAACUACUGUUGAAAAAUUAACAAAAGAUUUAGAAGACUUAAAAGUUUAA